CCGCCUACAGCAACUUCCCAGCUCUGCCAGGUAGCCCAGGCACUAAUAUGUCGAUUGUGGUUACCAGAGUAGGUAGGUACUCGCUCUGUCGGUAUAGUACGUGUCUUAGAUGGCCUUGAGUAUCGUAACACUUUAAUGGAUGAUCCCUGCACUUCCCCGCUACACCGCCUUCCUUCCGUGGCGUCACUUCCUCCAGAUCUACUUUUUUUCCCUUCUCUCUUUCUCCCGCAUUAUACAACAUCCCUGUCCAUACAUACGUCCAUACUUUUUUUUUUUUCCUUGAACCCUGAGGGCCACCGGGAAGAGGGCACAAUUGUAUUCCCAGCACACACACACACACGCAAUCAGAAUCCUAAGGCUCUUGUUGGUCUGGUAAAUUCGCCAAUUCUGAUCUGUCGCCUAUCUUGAUAAUGCACAAAUAAGGAAAUCCCAAGUCUUUAGUACUCUCAUUGCCAUUGCCCCUCAUUACGCGACUAUACUGUAACUUUGUACAUACCUACGGGAUAACCCCUCCAUCGUAUUACCGCAUGUGAAACUUCCGACGAGUCAACUUCUUGCCUGCAUGUGUAUUAUAUGACAAUUGUAUUAUAACACUCUACUUCUAACUUACUUUUUCCUUUCCCUUCUUCUAUGCAUAUGUCUCUGCGAGCCGCUUCCCGUAUCGAGUCCAUUCCUCGAAUAUCAACCCCGAUACGAAUUCGACUAAGACCGUACUCCCACUCACUCUCUUCUACUCCAACCACAUCACAGUGGAGACGGAAUCACUUCAGGCGCAGUCUUCUUGCCUUAAGCUCUCCACCUUCCUACGGUCAACCCAGUCUACGCUUUACGAAUCACUCCUCGCUUACCUCAGUCUCACGUUCCUCCCCUCUAGGAAAGGCUAGAAACAACACUACUCUCCUUCCUCGACCCCUCGUCCGUCAUUGCUCAUACCGAAGACACAACAUGUGUAAACUUGCUGGAGAUAUCGAACACACCGGGGGAGCCGCCCCGGACCCCACCCAGGGCCGUGAACUCCUUCCGACCAAUGUCGUCCCAACCCACUACGAUGUGACCUUAGAGCCCGACUUCAAGAAGUUUAGCUUUGAGGGUAAAGUGCUUAUCGACUUCGACGUGAAAGAGGACUCUAAGUCUAUCGCCCUCCAUACCAUCGAGAUUCAGAUUAACAGCGCCAUCAUCAGGUCUGGAGAGAGUGUUAUUAGCUCGUCCUCAGCCAUCACCUACGAUGAAUCCAAGCAAAUUUCCACGAUCGAGCUCAAGGACCCUAUCCCGAAGGGCAAGGCGCAGUUGGAGAUCAAGUUCAUCGGCCUGUUGAACGACCAGAUGGCUGGGUUCUACCGUUCUACCUACAAGAAGCCCGAUGGUUCUGAAGGCAUCCUUGCUACCACACAAAUGGAGGCCAACGACUGCCGCCGAGCUUUCCCGUGCUUCGACGAGCCUAUGCACAAGGCGAAAUUUACUAUCACCCUUAUCGCGGACAAGCACCUGACCUGUCUCAGCAACAUGGAUGUUGCCUCCGAGUCGGAUGUAAUAUCAGAAUUCAACGGAUCUGCGAAGAAGGCUGUCAAAUUCAACACAACUCCCCUCAUGUCAACCUAUCUCGUUGCCUUUAUUAUUGGUGAACUAAACUACAUCGAGACAAAGAAAUUCCGAGUGCCUAUUCGGGUGUACGCCCCUGCUAGCUCAGAUAUCGAGCAUGGCCGCUUCUCGCUCGAACUCGCAGCGCGAACCCUCGAGUACUACGAGAAGAUUUUCGGUGCCGAAUUCCCGCUACCAAAGAUGGACAUGGUCGCCAUCCCCGACUUCGCAGCAGGAGCUAUGGAAAACUGGGGUCUGAUCACCUACCGUGUUGUUGACCUUAUGCUGGACGAGAAGGCCAGUGGUGCGGCUAUGAAAGAGCGCGUCGCUGAGGUGGUACAGCACGAAUUAGCACACCAAUGGUUUGGCAACUUAGUAACCAUGGACUGGUGGGAAGGCCUAUGGCUGAACGAAGGUUUUGCGACUCUGAUGAGUUGGCUAAGCUGCAACCACUUUUACCCAGAGUGGAAGGUCUGGGAGAACUACGUUACUGACAACCUCCAGAGUGCCUUGGGACUAGAUUCGCUGAGGAGCAGCCACCCUAUUGAAGUCCCAGUCAAGCGCGCCAGUGAAGUCGAUCAGAUUUUCGAUGCUAUCUCGUACUCAAAAGGUUCAUGCGUGUUACGUAUGAUUUCUACGUACCUUGGCGAAGAAACCUUCCUAGAAGGUGUCCGAAGAUACAUCAAGAAGCAUGCCUACGGCAAUACGCAGACAGAUGAUUUGUGGGCAGCCCUUGAAGAUGCCAGCGGUAAACCAGUCAGAGAGAUUAUGUCUAUCUGGACCAAGAACGUUGGAUAUCCCGUUGUUCAAGUCACAGAAGACGAGAAAGAUAGCUCAAUUCGAGUCAAGCAAAACCGAUUCUUGAGAACCGGAGACACAAAACCCGAAGAGGACCAAGUUUUAUACCCGGUUUUCUUAGGCCUUCGGUCAAAAGAUGGUGUCGAUGACUCCCUAACGUUAACGAAGAGGGAAGAUGUAUUCAAGGUGAAGGACUUAGACUUCUUCAAAUUGAAUGCGAACCACACAAGCAUUUACAGAACAAGCUACACUCCGGAACGCCUCACCAAGCUAGGACUAUCCGCUAAGCAAGGACUUCUAACAGUUGAGGAUCGUGCUGGUAUGAUUGCUGAUGCCGGCGCUCUCGCCGUGUCAGGUUACCAGAAGACUUCCGGUGUCCUAAACUUAUUGAAGGGGUUCGAUACAGAAGAGUCUUUCGUGGUCUGGAGUGAGAUUAUCGCCAGAGUUGCGACCGUCCAAUCGGCAUGGAUCUUUGAGGAUUCAACCGUUAGGGAUGGGCUCGAGGCUUUUGUCAAGGAGCUGGUUAGUGAGAGAGCUCAUAAGUUGGGAUGGACCUUUUCAGACAAGGACGGCCAUGUUGAGCAGCAAUUCAAAGCUAUGCUUUUUGGCGCAGCUGGUAUGGCCGGCGACCAGAAGAUCAUUGCCGCCUCCAAGGAGAUGUUCAAUAAAUACAUGGCUGGCGAGAAGUCAGCUAUUCACCCUAACAUCCGAGGCAGCGUUUUCAGCAUGGCCUUGAAGUAUGGCGGAAAGGCAGAGUACGAUGCCCUUCUCGACUUCUUCCACAAGUCCACCAAUAGUGAUGAGCGUAACACUGCCUUACGAUGCAUCGGACGAGCGAAGGGCCCGGCGCUAAUCAAGCAAACCUUAGACUUCGUCCUCAGUGGCGAAGUCAAGAGCCAGGAUCUAUACCUUCCAGCAAGUGGACUUCGAAGCCAUGCCGAAGGUAUCGAGGCAUUGUUCAGUUGGCUAACAGAGAGAUGGCCUGAUAUCCAGAAGCGACUUAGCGGAAACGCCCCCAUUCUGGGUUCUAUGGUCACUAUCUGCACAUCCAGCUUCGCGAAAGCAGAGCAACUCCAGAAGGUUGAGGAGUUCUUCAAAGACAUUGACACUAAAUCGUUCGCCCAGCCCCUUGCCCAAAGCAAGGAUGCUAUCCGUAGCAAGGUCGCAUGGCUGGAACGUGAUCGUGACGACGUUGCCGCGUGGGUUAAGGGCAACGGAUAUGGCUCUAAGUUAUGAGCAAUGAAUGAUGAUGGUGAUGAUGCCUCCGUACCGGUGUUUGAGGGUACUUUCCGGGGAUACGUUUAGAGGAGGGUCUGAAAGAGAUACCCGUAGAAAAGGAUAGAGAAGCAAUCACUAAUUAUAUAGGAGCAGAAAAGUGAAUUAAUUAAUUAUAUUGCUUUUAAGAUAUGCCUGACCAUGUUGACUUCUAACUUAUAUAACUACAUAGAAGUGAAAUAUUGGAUAUGAUAUUGUAUUG